GCAGUGCUCCGCAUCAUCAACGGCACCGUGGUGCGGAACGCCUCCGCGGAGUACUCUCUGGCGCUGUGGCUCGGCGACGUCGAGCUCCAGUCAGACCGUUCCAUCGCGCCGAUACUUGGCGGCAGGAGCGUCCGCGUGGAGGCCGAGCUCCUGUGCAGCCCGGACUUCGACGGGAAGUGCUCCCACGGGCACGACGUCGCCCUCCUCCGGCUCCGGCUGGGACAGGAGGGGCUGCCUGCGUGGGUCAAGCCGGUGCCCGUGGACAGGGGAGCCAGCCGUACCAUCAGCCUCGUGGGCUCCUCCGUCAAGACGGUGGGCUUCGGGCUCGUCGAGUCCAAGGACGACCCCAAGCUCAUCGGGGAGGUGUCGCCGUCCCUGCGGGAGGUGGAGGUCGACGUGCUGCCGCAGGACUGCCCGCAGUGCGCCCGGGUCUACUCGGGCGGCUGGGGCUGCUCCGACCAGCACUCGGAGGGACAGGCCACCAACCUGCACCAGCAGCUCUGCGCAGGCGCGGCGGACCUCGGACGCCCGCGGGACACGUGCUCGGGCGACAGCGGCUCCCCGAUGAUCGACGCCUCCGGCGCCCAGGUCGGCAUCGUCAGCUACGGCGGGGGCCCCAGCGACAAGCCGAGCGGCCCGGGCCGCAUGUGCGGCGACCCGGGCUACCCGGGCGUGUACGCGCGGAUCUCCGCGUUCGCAGACUUCCUCCAGGCCCACGUGCCAGACCUGCCCGCGGAUGCCUGGAGCCGGCCGUCCACCGGGGACUG